AUGCCGGAAGAAGGUCCCGCAUUUACCAUUGGCAUGGAUGCCUACUGCUACAAGCAGUUUGACAAGCAGCAGACGAACCACAUACCGUGCUCCAAGGAACACUUUUUGCAGCAGCUGCGUUCAAUCUUCCAGAGCGGAAUGGCUAAACUUGCCGACGGAUACGCCCCUUUUUGCAAACACCUGUUUGUAAGGAACUUCACAGAUGCGCUUACUGGGUUUCUUCCUAUUACAGUGGAUAAUGAACACUUGCUGAGGUCGGGUUAUAUCGCACGGACCGAGAAGGAAUUGCCGGUGCUUUCUCGUUGGUUCCCCAGAGCAGCCGUAGCAGACAAGAUUGGAAAAGCGCAGUACCUCGAUGUUAUCCUUUACUCACGAGAGCAAGUAAUCAAGGAGAAUGAGGCCAGACAGGAAGGCCACGAGGGCGAUUACGAGUUCGACUACUAUGUCAUCUCGAUCAAGCCUCAGGACGUGGACCAUGAGAUACCCAUGAUUCCCAUUACGAUGUUCCGCAACACCAUGAUCACGGAAGGUGGCAGCGGUGUUGCGUUGGACCACGACGCCUACCUCAGGUCGGUCGCCUUCUGGCAAAACCACGCUAUCAUCGCAGACCAUGCAUGA